AUGUACAGCGAGCUCGACAUCAUGGGGGACUCUCCUAUCCGACGACUCCUGAAGCGAGAAGAAGAUCUCAUCAAUGCCUACGAAGCAGAGGAAGAACGGAUCAUCAACGUAUUGUCUCGCAAACUCGAGCAGCUUCGGGAGGAGAAAAUUCAACUUGAAAACGUGCUCGAGGCAGAGUCGGAAUCUCACGUAAAUAGGCUUAGUCGGGAAUUGUCUGCACUUCGACUUCAGCAGCAACGGCAGCAACAACAACAGCAACAGCAAUCUGGGACAAAUGGGAUCACUGCUCCCCCAGACCACAGUGUGGGAGUUCCGAUGUUUAUAGCUGGUCGGGACCCUAUGGUCCCAAGUGCAGAAGUCAUGCUGGAAGCCAUGAGACGGGAAAACGAGCAGUUGCGUAACCGCCUAGUUGACACAGAAAGAGAUUAUGUGCGAGUAUCGCGGUUAAACGAGGUGUAUCGCGAAGAGCUCCUUGAACAUAGGAGACGGUCGACAACCUUGUUGGCCUGUCCUCGGCAGAUCCGUAUUCGCAGCCUACACAUCGACGAUCUGUGUCCAAUCUCAAUCCAUGGUGUCCCUAUCCCCCGACCUUCCUCCUCGAUACGGCGCCCAAUAAACAAUAUGUCAGAAAGCAAUACACCAUUAUCGCACUCUCCUUCCUCGACAGAGUCACCAUUCCCAUUCUCGCCUAUUGUCGGCACAAAUCCUACAAGUUAUGUCAGUAAUGGGACGCAUAUGACGACGCCACCAUCGUCUGCUUCGUUGACGUCAAAUCCUCCAUCAACAUUCACUGUUCCUCAUAUGUUGUCCUAUCCCUCGGUGCCACCGCCAUCGCUGUCUUCUUCAUAUGGAUCACCUGUGGUGUCGUACAUACCACAUCGCGACCACUCACUGUCUCCUGUGGUCCCUCCAAGUAGGCGCAGUUCGAACGCACGAGGAAACAUUGAGCGUCGCUUCGCGGACCCAAUCAGGAAUAAUAGGAGUCGAAGCAGACAUGAGAGUGUUGAGAGGGGCGCGCGCGUCGCGGAGACAGGGCAGUUGAUUCCUCGGUCUCGCCGUGACAGUCAAAGCAUUGCAGCCACGUCAUCGGAGGUACCUGCGGCAUACCCAUACACCCAGGGAAAUAUGUCAAUGCCCCCAACGCCCCCAACACCAUAUUCAUGGGAGACGACAGAGCUCGACAACAACAUUCCAGAGCAGCUUGAUCAGCCUGCUCAACACGCUUUGAAUCCACAGCAACAGCCUCAAAAUGUAUACGCCAUGUCGCCGCCUAUGAUUGAGCUUCAAGAGCACGUACCCAUUGUUCCAAGUCAACGCCGCAGUGAGAUCCCACAGCACCUGCAUCAUGUGUCAUCAGCGUCAGGGACUUCUUCAAGAAGACGAAAUGUCAUGUCCCAAGAUAUGAGACCUCAUAUACACAUUGAUACGACGCGUCAUAUGGCAGCUGGCACUAGUCCGCCUUCUGGCACACCGUCUGCUAGCGGUGUGCAUUCAGUCGGACCGGUGCGAGCGAAAUUACCGCCCGCACACAAUAUGGUGCAUCCAUAUCGUCGCCCCCAGAGUGCGAACCCAAGACGAGAGAAUGAAUCAAAUCCACACGUGAGCGGUCGUGCAUUGAUAUCCACUCAAGUUAUGACCGCCAUCAUCAGCCCGUCUCACGUCAUCCCCCCUAUACCAUCCAACGCGACUUUUAUACCCAGAGCCGAUUACUUCUUUUGCAGCGAGAGUAGAGUGACAACGGCAAUGUUUGAACUUCCAGGAGUGAAGAAGAGCGACCUGAAGGUCGAGUUAUCAAGAUGCCAGAACGGUGUGUGAAACAAGUUUCGAUCACAGGAGAAUCCCGACAACCACUUCCAGAUGGUCUGAUCGCACUCAAAGAACGCAAGUAUGGCAAGUUCCGCAGGAUAAUUCCCGUUCGUUAUGAUACCAAGGCGAGUAGGCCGAAUUCCCCUACGAUUCUGCGGCUCAAGUGCACAUUUUCUUCAGAAGGAAGACGUAUCCGUCGCCUUAGAGGACGGUGUUCUCAUUCUUCGCAUACACCUUGGGCCACCGCUUGAGCCUGAAGAGUCAGAAAUGAUUC